AUGGUUCACUCGCUGGAGGGCCCAAUAAAUACUUGGUGGAUCGGAUUGGAUCGGUCAAGGCCCAACCCAACCCAAUGCGAGGGUGCCCGCCGCCGUAGCGCGCGCCUCCGCGCCCAGAUCGACGCCACUGGGCAUGGCGCCGGAGCGGCCAGCCACCGCCGCGGCUCGCGCCGGAUCCACGCGAUUGAGGAGGCUGCCGGAGUGUCUCGCAGCCGCAGCAAGCGCCUCCGUCCCAAGAUCCGCCGCCGCCGCCGGACAUCGCCGGAGCCACCUGCCUCGGUCCUGGACGGCGAAGACAUGCUCCGGGAGAUCCGCCUCCGCCUCCCUCUCGACCUAUGCUCGCUCCCCCGCGCCUCCGCCGUCUGCAGGCGCUGGCGAGGCAUCCUCGCCGACCCCAAGUUCCUCCGCCGGUUCUACGCGCGCCACCGCAAGCCGCCCCUCCUCGGGGUAUACCAGAAGCGCCCCUUCCACAAGGAGGAGAUCGUGUUCAUCCCCACCCCCACCCUCGCCCUCGCCACUACUCGCAACCGCAUCCCCCCUGGGGUCCUCUCCCUUGUACAACGUCACUGCUGCUCCGAGGUGCUCGACUGCCGCCACGGCCUCCUCCUCGUCCGUCACUGGGGAAACCUCCUUGUGUGCGACCCCAUUUCCAGCAUGGUGCGCCAGGUGGUGCCUCCGGAGGCUCUGCUUGACAGCGCCGAGUUCGAGCUACGGGGGGCGGUGCUCUGUGCCACCGGCCAACAGGGCCAUGUGCACGGCGCCUGCCACUCCAGCCCCUUCAAAGUGGUCUUGAUGUGCCAUCAUUUUGAUGAGAACCAACUCCUCACCGGCGUUUACGCCCCCGAGACCGACACAUGGGGUCCUCUCAUCUCUAGGGAGCUUCCUCCAUAUGUGUCUCGCGGUCAUUCUAGCACCCUUGUUGGUAAUGCCCUUUACUGGCCGUCAGUGUUGUCUUUGAUCACCACCAUAUUUCGGUUUGAUUUGGACACACAGAACCUUACCGUGAUUGACGGGCCUCCCAGUGCGUAUAAUUACAAUAAACUUCAGAUCAUCCGGGCAGCGGACGGAACUGUUGGUGUUGCCAUCUUGCAUCACAAUAACCUUCAAAUGUGGCAGAGGAAGGUCAACUCUGAGGGUGUUGCCGUAUGGUUUCGGGGCAAGACUGUUGCAUUGCGUAACAUUCUUAACAUCCCUCCUCAGACUGGGAGGAGCGCGGAGUCUCUCAAAUUGGCGGGGUAUGAUGAGGAUACAGAUACACAGCCAUUGCUGGUGGAACUAAUGGAGCUGAAAUGUUAG